AUGCGGACAGUAAAGACUGCUGGAGGUGCUACUACCUCACGAGAGCUGCUCACCUUCAUUGCGAUGGUGAUGAGCGUGGUGCUGGGGCUAGCCGCCCUUACGAUGGCCCUGGCUGAACAGAUACCUACCGUACCUACGCACAACAUGUCCAACAAGGAGCGAAACGAGCUUAAGGAGGAAGCCAGGGAAAUGUUUUACCAUGCGUACCGGGCAUACAUGGACAAUGCCUACCCGGCGGAUGAGCUGAUGCCGUUGAGCUGUACCGGCCGUUACCGCGGUGUCACACCGUCCCGUGGCGACCUGGACGAUACGCUCGGGAACUUUUCCAUGACCCUGGUGGACACGCUGGAUACCCUAGUGGUAUUGGGUGAUAUAGAAGAGUUCGAACAUGCUGUCAAGCUGGUGAUCAAGGAUGUAAAGUUCGAUAACGACAUCAUCGUGUCGGUAUUUGAAACUAACAUCCGAAUGAUUGGUGGUCUUCUCUCCGGACACAUUCUCGCAGAGUAUGUACAGAAGCAGGCCGAUGUGAUGACGUGGUAUCGAGGUGAGCUGCUGGAAAUGGCAAAAGAUUUAGGCUAUCGGUUACUACCGGCAUUUAACACUUCCACGGGAAUACCGCAUGCAAGGGUAAAUCUAAAGCACGGCAUGAAGGUUGAAGCGUUAAGGCAUUCGCGCGAAACGUGUACAGCUUGUGCCGGAACGAUACUGUUAGAAUUUGCCGCCCUAUCUCGGCUAAGCGGGGAACCAAUUUUUGAAGUAAAAGCACACGCCGCCAUGGACGCACUAUGGAAAAUGCGUCACCGUAGCUCAGAGCUGAUGGGUACCGUGUUGAAUGUACAUUCCGGCGAUUGGAUACGGCGCGAGUCGGGCGUUGGUGCCGGUAUCGAUUCGUACUACGAGUACUGCCUAAAGUCGUACAUUCUGCUGGGCGAUGAGCGCUAUCUGGCACGGUUUAACCGGCACUAUCACGCAAUCAUGAAGUACAUUAGUCAAGGUCCGAUGCUGCUCGAUGUGCAGAUGCAUCGGCCACAUACAAAGACGCGUAAUUUUAUGGACGCACUGCUUGCCUUUUGGCCAGGGUUGCAGGUACUGUCCGGUGAUUUGAAACCGGCCGUACAAACGCACGAGAUGCUGUACCAAGUGAUGCAGAUGCAUACGUUCAUUCCGGAGGCAUUUACGUUUGAUUUCCAGGUCCACUGGGGUCAACAUCAUCUUCGACCAGAAUUUAUUGAAUCAACGUACUUCCUGUACCGAGCCACUGGUGAUCAUUAUUACUUGCAUGCGGGCAAGAAAGCCCUGAAAGCACUUCAAAAACAUGCCAAAGUUCCGUGCGGUUAUGCCGCGGUGAACGAUGUACGCACGGGCAAACACGAGGAUCGAAUGGAUUCGUACGUACUUUCUGAAACGUUCAAGUAUCUCUUCCUGCUGUUCUCGGAUCCGGCCGAUCUGAUCCUCAACAUUGAAGACUUUAUCUUUACUACCGAAGCUCAUCUGCUGCCACUCACGUUGGGCCAGCUAGGAAAUCACACCUUCACUGGUGUACGCGAUCAGGACGAGCAGGUGCAUAUGCUCGAUUACAUGCGCUCCUGUCCCAGCCCGAACAAGUUGUUUCCUGAAACAGUCCGGCGUCCACUCCGUGACCUCGUUACGGGAGUCUGUCCGCGCAUAUCGAGUGCCAAGCGACUUAGAGCGGCUGACUUUCAGGCAGGCAAUACAGAUCAUCUACGAACAGUUUAUGACAUGGGCAUUACGAUGGUUUCUCUAGGCGAAGGCAAGGUACAGCUGCUGCACAGCUUUCACAAUGCAAAAUCUCCCGAGGAUGCCGAACGUGGCCUUAUCUUCAUGCAGGAAAUGGUGGAACUGUCCAACUCGAACUCCAUCCCCAACACGCAACUGCAGGCAGUCGCCUUCAAGCGGGAUGGUGAUCGAGAACUGCGCAUCCUCGAGGCCGGUCCCAGCCACUUCGGCAUGGAGCUGGUAAACGAUCUGUCCGUCGUCCAGCGUGCCGUCUUCGCAAAACCUGCCAAAGUUUGCACUGCUCUUAAAAAUGCGGACGAAAUUCGUGGCAAAAUUGUAAUUAUCGAGCGUGGCGAAUGCACAUUUGUCGAUAAAGCGAGACGAGUACAGACGGCAGGUGCUGUGGCUGCAAUCGUGUUCGACAACACACCAAACACUUCGAUCAACAAUCAGCAAAUGUUUGCAAUGUCCGGCGACGGGCGGGACGAUGUGCAGAUACCGGUGGUGUUUCUCUUUACGAAGGAAGCGGAACAGCUCAUCAAGGCCGUUAAGGAGCAGCCUAGCCUCGAGCUCACACUAAUGUCCGUCACCGGACUAAAAGAAAAGCUAGAAAAGGAGCAGCGAGCAAGCACAACGAAGACUGACACAAAAAGUAGUGACACUAAGGCGACGCCAUAGUACUAGCAGAGCUAGUAG